GAAAAUCCAGGGCAAUGCUUUCAAUCCACAGGAGGAGGAAGAGUCUUGCAGGCACCACCUUUUUCCUUCUGCCAUAGCCUCCAAGUUUUACAGACGAACCUGAAUCCUAGAGCGCGUUUGUUCCCCACUGUCGGUCCUGACCUUGAGCCCUUCCCCCCUGGCUCCCCAGGGAGGCUGGCAGAAAGCAUGGAGAGCCACGAAAUCAACAUUCAUUCUUCCAAGAUGUGGAACCCCCACUCAUGUUGGGAUGAAGUAGAGAAACCAGCUCUGGGCAAAUGCACAAGAACCAGAUCCAUCCUUAUUUCCCUUCUCAAGGUCCCCUUGAUGUUUGCCUUUUUAUACCUGUUUGUGUGCUCCCUCGAUGUGCUGAGCUCUGCUUUCCAGCUGGCAGGAGGUAAAGUAGCUGGAGACAUUUUCAAGGACAAUACUAUCCUCUCUAACCCAGUGGCAGGGCUUGUGGUAGGAAUCCUUGUUACUGUCCUUGUACAGAGUUCCAGCACCUCCACCUCCAUCAUCGUGAGCAUGGUUUCCUCAGGGUUGCUAGAUGUAGGUUCAGCCAUUCCCAUCAUCAUGGGCUCCAAUAUAGGGACCUCAGUCACCAACACCAUUGUGGCACUCAUGCAAGCUGGCGACAGAAAUGAAUUUAAGAGGGCCUUUGCAGGGGCCACGGUGCAUGAUUGCUUCAACUGGUUGUCAGUACUGAUUCUGCUGCCUCUGGAAGUGGCCAGUGGCUAUCUGCACCACAUCACCAAAAUUUCCGUGGCAGCUCUCAACCUCCGCAGCGGACAGGAUGCACCAGAGAUCCUGAAAGUAAUCACGGAGCCCUUCACUGGUCUCAUUAUCCAGCUGGAUAAGUCAGUGAUCACAGGGAUUGCCACAGGCAAUGAAAGCUUGCAUAACAAAAGUCUGAUUCGGGUGUGGUGUGAAGUGCCAGCUCCACAGAUUUCUUCAGCAGGCACAAGAGGAGGAUCCCUAAACUGCAGCUCCCUUGUGCCAGACAGUCUGGAAAGUGCUAGAAACUUCAGCAGUAUCAUGCCACAGAAAUGCAAUCACCUGUUUGUGGACUCCUCCCUGCCAGACUUGGCUGUAGGACUCAUGCUGCUGGCUGGAUCCUUGACUGUACUGUGCACCUGUCUUAUGAUGUUGGUUAAACUGCUCAACUCUGUGCUCAAAGGCCAGGUGGCCAGAGCUAUCCAGAAGGUCAUUAACACAGAUCUGCCAUCGCCUUUUGGAUGGGCCACUGGUUACUUUGCCAUGCUUGUUGGUGCUGGGAUGACGUUUGUUAUGCAGAGCAGCUCCGUCUUCACUUCAGCAAUCACCCCACUCAUAGGUCUCGGGGUGAUUAGCUUAGAACGUGCAUAUCCCCUCACCCUUGGUUCUAACAUUGGAACUACAACCACGGCUAUCCUAGCAGCCCUGGCCAGUCCAGGAGAUAAAUUGGCCAGUGCCUUCCAGAUUGCCCUCUGCCACUUCUUCUUCAACAUCUUUGGGAUCUUGCUGUGGUAUCCCCUGCCUUGCACUCGCCUCCCCAUCCACAUGGCCAAAGCAUUAGGUGAGCAGACAGCCAAGUAUCGCUGGUUUGCUGUCUUCUACCUGAUUAUCUGCUUCCUCUUGUUGCCGUCGUUGGUUUUCGGACUCUCUGUGGCAGGAUGGCAGGUGUUGGUAGGAGUGGGAGCUCCGUUCCUGAGCCUUCUAGCUUGUGUGGCCUUUAUCAACAUCAUGCAGUCACGAAGCCCUGACCGACUUCCCAGGUGGCUUCAGAGUUGGGACUUCCUGCCAUACUGGCUUCGUUCUUUGCAACCCCUGGAUGGGCUGGUGACCAGAGCCACAACAUGUUGUGUUGCCCAUUGUUCAGGCAGCCAAGAGGAACGCAAAAAGAAGUUGCCAGGAGUUAAGGUCAGAAGAGGCCUGCCGGAGCCCUCCGUUGUCUUCCUAGAGGAAUGGUCUCCACCACCAAGACCUUCACCCCAGCUGAACAUCUUGCCCCUGCAGCGUGCUAGCCGCCUGUGACCUGUGCAGGAACACAGCUCCCACUGUGGCCUGCAGACAGCGGUGCUCAGCCGACGAGCAAUAAUGAAAAGAAAAAGCAUAACAAGAAAGUGCAAAUGUUGGAGUCUGUGCCAGUGGCUGCCCUUAUGACUGGAGCUCUGGCAUUACCACAUGUCAUUUUGUCAUGAGCAUCAGUGAAUGAUUUCUCAGUGUGCAGACUUAUAUACAGUGUAGGAGAGCUUACUUACAGUGCAGCAGAAACUCACUCCCAAUUGCCCUUAGCAUCUAUGUAACACAGGAGUUCCAUAUGUUCAGAAGCUAUCUUUUAACAGAACUGUAGGUCUCUGAGUAGUAUUUUACACAAUGUGCAACGUAUUUGCAAUAUUACAUAUAAUAAACAGUGCUUGGAAGAUUUCUCCCU